AUGGCUCCGAAGCGUCGCACAACCACAACUCGCUCCUCCGGCCCCCAGCGCCAACAAGCCACCCUCUCUUUCCACGGCAAGAACAACAAAGUCACAAAAGCCCAGUCGCCGAGAAGUAAGACCACAAAGAAGGACCCAGCAUUAGUCGAAGAUGUUGUCACGGACGAAGCGCAAUCAAUCAAGACCGAAGCCGAACCAGAUCUCUCGGAACCCACCACAGCAGAGAAAGCGAUCGAAGAACAAACUGCGACGAAGACUGAAGAUGUUCUGGGAGGUCGAGCCCAAGAAAGCUCUCUCGGCAUAGACUGGCUAGGAGAAGAAGAAAGCCUCGCUCGAAAAGUCUCCGAUACACAAAUCAAACAAUAUUGGCGAGCCAAAGAGUUGGAAAGAAAAGCGCCGAGAGUGCAUCAGCAAGAUUUGAGCUUACAUGAGAAGAUUUUGAGGGAGUGGGAUAUGAGUGGUCAAUACGGACCUUGUAUUGGAAUCGCAAGACUGAAGAGAUGGAAGAGAGCUAAUGUCUUGGGGUUGAAGCCUCCGAUUGAAGUUUUGGCUGUUUUGCUCAAGGAGAUGGAUAGGGGGGAUGUCAAAAGUCAGAGGGCACAUGUGGAUGAGUUGAUGAGUUCAAGGUUUGCGGCGGAUUCGUAG